UGGAGAAAUUACUCAUUACCUAGCAUGAAUCCCUAAUCUUAUCCAUAACAGUCAUGUGAAUUGAUCUAAUUAAAAUGUACAGUUUAACUCGGGUCGGAUUGUGUAUUGUUUUUGCCUAUUUUGGAAGUUAUACCAUCACUUCAGCGCAUGGAUGGCGCCGGCGUUGGAAGCCAAACGAGAACCAGAUGUGCCCGUCCGAGGACACCGUGACGCACGAGUGUUUUGAGCUGACCACGCAGGACCGCACGUGCCUUGUAUCCGUGGUAGAGGGGUGUGAUCCUGGCAUUCUGGACUUUUGUGUGUUGCAGGUGAGAUGGGAGAGCGUGCCAUGCCUCAUGUACACGUGCAGUCUCCUUGGUUGUUGCGCGGGGUACUCACCCAACUUGUUGGGCAACUGUGUGGAAGACGGAACGGAGGGUUUGCUGUGUGAGAAUGGCGGAAAAUGGAACGGGACGAAGUGUGAAUGUCCAGGCAGAUUUUCCGGACGGCGCUGUGAAAUACCGGAAUGCGAGGGUCAUUGCGAGAACGGGGGCUCGUGUGGCCUGGUGAACGACGAGGCUGUGUGUAUCUGCAGUUCAAGCCGUUUCUAUGGCGACCACUGUGAUAUAGUGAAGUGUGGUGCUGGCUGUGAGAACGGCGGAGAGUGUGUACAUGACGGUGUCCUCGCCACGUGCAGGUGCCAGGCCGGUUUCCAGGGGGACAGAUGCCAGUACUCUGUCAAUCCCCGUUGCCCACCUCUUACCCGACAUUCUGACAAGACCUGUGACCCCAAUAAAAGCAUGUGUACCAACGAUACCGACUGCAUGACUUCCGGUGACGUUUGUUGUUUUGACGGCUGCAUCGGCGUGUGUCGCCCACCCGAUGUGCCAAGCUGCAGUCAUAACGACAAGGUGUACCCAGCCGGAGACGUGUUUACACCUUCAGCUUGUGAGAGGUGCGUGUGUCAGAUGUCGGGCGCGGUGAAGUGCACAAAAAUGGAAUGCAGGAAUAUGUGCACGGGCGGGGUAGAACCCGUCCUGGUGGAGGACCACUGCUGUAAGAUCUGCCCGGGAAACGAUUCCAGUGAAACUGAAUCCUCUAUGUUGUCCCCAGCACCGAAGUUCAUCAACUGUCCGGAGCGAUUCAUUCCCGUGGACACGCCAGCCAGUGGGAAGGUUGCAACUAUGGUCGACCUUGGACUGACCGCCGUUGACGCCGACGGAAACAGAUUAGACGUUAUGUACAGCGACAGACAUUUCCUGCACAGCGGCACGUCUGACGUGAGACAAAACGUACACAUCGUGACGGCGUUCUCUCAUUGCGACCCUCUCGGGCGCCGCGCCAUGUGCCACUUCAAGGUCAUCGUCAGAGAUCCCCAUCCACCCGUAUUCACUUCCUGUCCCGCCGAAAUAUACGCCCUGAAUACAGAAAUGAUCACCUGGCAAGAUCCCGACGUCACGGACAAUGUCGGAAUUGCCCGAACUGUUUCGGACGGUAGCGAGAUUCGGGACCAGGUUUUGGGUGUUGGGGCUUAUCCCGUAAGCUACAUAGUCUGGGAUUACGACGAGAACCAGGCUAUAUGCGCCUUCCUGGUCAGAGUAUUUGAUGAAAACAUGGGCUCAAACGAAAUGCCUUCACAAUUGACGAAAAGACUUGAUGAAGGGCUUCGUCUAUCAACUACCACAAUACUGGGAUCAGCUAUCGGUCUGUUGUUGGCCGUGUCCUUCUGCGUCUGCUUCCUUGUACGCAUGCGCAAAAUGAGAGCACAACUCGCUUCCGAUGAAAGCAGAACUAAUACCACGGAGUUCUCCAAUUCUAUAUACGCGAUAUGCUCGCCGAAUGGCCAACACACGUACGCUAAUGAGUCCAAGAUCCCCAACCUACCGGACUAUUCCCCGCCCCUCAACCCACCCUCAUAUGACCAGAUUGACCAGUACGAUGAACUGGGGGCGUUGCCCGUUGAAGACCCGCCCAUUUACGAGGAGAUUCCCAGUAAAUCAGCACAGGAGCCUUUCUAUGAGAACAUUGACGACACAGGUCACAAUAACGAAGCAUUCUCCCAUACGGAUUUGAAAGUUGAGUACAGGAAAAUAUGAAAUUUUGAAGAAUAAAGUGUUUUAUUGUGUUCGUGAUUCAGUGAGUCGAGUUUCAUGAUCAUUGUCACCAUUCAGCUUUUGUUUAGACAACACUAUGCUACUAGCUUAGUGAUUUGCAGCAGCAGUUUUUCAUUUACAAGAAACAUUACAUAACCAUACUGUGGCAACUAUAGAAACAUGUCAAGCAGCUUUACCAUUACAAUAACAGUUGUACAGGCCUGUGCCUGUGACAGCAGCCAAACAAUUAUCAUGUCAUUUGUUAAUUCAGCGCCAUUAAUUGACAUUUUAUGUAGUUCUUACUCAAGAUGCCUGUAUCCACACCUUACUGGCCCAAUACCACAGUUAUCUGCCACUCGAAUGUUACUAGACACUGAAUAGUCUACAUGUAUGGAAUAUUAGAAACGUUUCUAACUGAAUGAAAUGCUGCUAGUAAUAUUCCUAUAUAAGAGGCUUAAAAACAUAUUUUUACAGGAAGAAUGAAGAGAUUUAAUGAAUUUCCUGAAAUGUGGAUGUUCAAACCAUAUUGACAGGCAACCACCAAAUGCGGACUAGUGCAGGGGGUUGUUUCUUGCAACCAAAAGUCUACAUGUGGAUGGACGGUCAACAUGGUGUUUACUUAACAUUUAUUUUGUUUGUCUGGAGACAUUUACCAGGGCAUGUGCUUUAUUUAUUUAUCCAGUAUGUCCUAAUUAUUGUUUAGAGGAACAUAUUCAGCAUAUGAGACCGUGGUUAAAUAACUGUGGUAUAAAGCCCAAGUAUUGCUCAAGGUUUAACUGGGUAAUAUUCCGAAUAUCGGAGACUGGGACUGUUCGUGCCUUGCAGUUUAAUGUGUUUCAAAACUAUAGACAUAUUCAUGUUUGAUAUAUGAUUCUCCGCAUCAGUCAGUUCAUGUGGACAUUCAGUGAAGUGUUCUCCCGACAUUUUCACCAAACAUGUUAACAGUGUGAAUAUCACAAGACCUCAUAAACUCACGUAUAUCAUGACCCAUUUUAUUUUAAUAUAAUGUGUCGUACCGCUGUAGUCUAUACCACUUGUUUAGUCAUGUUCCUUGUUUUCCCCCAUUAUUUAUCCAUUUUCAGUAAUUCGUCCAAAAUUUUAACAGUAAUUGUUAUUUAAAUUAUAAUGUGCCUUUCCUAGAUUAACCAUACCUAUGCAUUUGAAUAAAAAUGGCGUGUUAAGUUUUAACCAGGGCAUUUGGAAAAGUAGUGAACUCCCAACACUGUUAAGAAUUCUUGCCUUCAUGUUGCUAUUAUAUGUUUGAUCAUUUUUAAAAUAAAUAUUG